CAGUUUGUGAAGGCAGCUAUGGUAAAGCAAGACAAGCCUUACAAUGCCAAAAUCUACCUCUUCUUCCGAGAGGACAAUCCAGAUUCUUCAAGGAAUCCAGUGGCCUCCAAGAGCAUCUCCAGAGUGGCUCAGCUGUGCAAGGGAGACAAAGGAGGCAGCGGUUCCCUCUCGGCAUCCAAAUGGACAACUUUCCUGAAGGCCACUCUGCUCUGUGUUGAUGGUGAUCGGCAUUUUAACCACCUGCAGGAUGUCUUCAUUGUCGAGUCACCCAUCUGGUCUCAGACAAAGAUCUAUGGACUGUUCUCCAAUGAGUGGUGA